AUGUCUGCCGCUCUCUCUGCAAGACGCUAUGUUGCGCGACAUUUUUUAAGGAGUAAUGGUAUUAUAAGUAGUAGUUUAAGUAGUUUAAGUAGUUUAAGUAGCAAUAGUUUAAGUAGGUUUAGCACCAGCGGCAGUUUUCCUUCUUCGACGUCUUCUUCUUCUUCUUCUGAGUCAUCAUCAUCAUCAUCAUCACCGGAAGAGGACGACACGAACAACAACAACAACAACAACAACAACAACAAGGACGACGACGACGAUAAAGAGAAGAAUGUCACUGACAAAACGUUAUUGUCCUCGUUCUUCGCUCUCGUCCACAAGAAACACCCGAAAGACGUCCCAAACGAUACGGAGAAAUUGCAAAAGCACUUCCCAUCGCUCGGGAUGACAGAGUUUCAAUCGAAAAUGAACGGCCAGUUUGGAAAGAAAAUCGGAAUGAGCGUGAAAGAGAGGAAACGCAUCGCGCAAUACUUGAACAAAUUCAAAAACGGAUUGCUUAAGAUUUAA